ACCGACAUUGACAUUGUUUACACUAACGUUACAUACAUACACUGAACCUCCCACAAUACCGACAUACCGCCCUUCUGCAUCUGUUUGGCAGAGUUGUGGCUGUCACUGAAAGAGGCUCGCCCGUUAGAAAAUAUAGUCGUGCUCACAUCGAAGAUGCAGAAGCACCAGCAUGAAAAGUCUGAUUUUUUGGAGAAAUCUGAAGUUGGUUCAGUGUUGCUUUGUGACAGCAGCCAACGAUUAUCGGAUCCUAACAAUGACUUCGUUUUCUUCGAUCUUGAGGUUGAUUCAGCUCCCGUUGGAAGAGUGGUGUUUAGGCUUUUCAAAAGCAUUGCUCCUAAAACAUGUGAAAAUUUUCGGCAAUUAUGCGCCAAAUCCCCAGCAGGAAGCUCAGGCAAAAUUCUGUCGUAUAAAGGAACUAUAAUCCACAAAAUAAGUCACAGUUUUAUGAUCCAUGGUGGAGAUGUGGUAAACUUUGAUGGCUCAGGAGGAGAAAGCAUCUACGGCCCUACCUUUCAGGAUGAAACCUAUGAAGUUGAGCUAGAACCAGGUACUCUUGGAAUGGUGAAUAAAGGAAUAAAAGACAGUAAUUCAUCUCAGUUCUUCAUAUGCUGUGAUAAAUGUCCACACCUGAAAGGAACGAAUGUUGCUUUUGGCAAAGUUGAGAAAGGUUUUAAAAUAAUUGAAGAAAUUAGUAACCUUCCAAACAGAGAUGGCAUUCCAUUAAAGAAAGUUGUUGUGAGGAACUGUGGAGAACUUGAAGCAAAUCCCGAAACUUGGCACUAUGAGGAGAAUGAUGGCUUGGACCAAUAUCCCCCUUACCCGGAGGAUUUGGAAACAAGCCCUGAUGAAUCGUCUGACGAAUGGGCAAGAGAAAUGUCCAACAUUGUUGAAAACAUAAAGCUACGUGGGAAUCAUUACUUUAACUCAAAGAAGUUUGAAAAAGCACUGAGUAAAUAUACUAAAGCUGUCCGUUACUUGAUGUGGAUUAAAGGCAAAAGGGAAGAUGUGUAUAACAAUUGCACAAAUCUAUUGGUUUAUUGCCUUUCAAAUAUGGCCAUCACCAAUAUUAACUGCCAGAACUUCAGACCUGCUCAUCAGCUGUGCUCGCAGGUACUUGAAUUGAAACCCAACAAUGCAAAAGCAUUUUACAGAAGAGGACAAGCAAAUUUUGGCCUUCAUAAUUAUGAUGACGCUCUGAGAGAUCUAAAAGAGGCCCAGACAAUGGAGCCACGAGAUAAAAAAAUUUACCAGGAAAUUAUAGAAGUUACAAAUGCUAUGAAACAGUCCAAGGCGGAAGAAAUUAGGCUGUGUGCCAACAUGUUAAAAUAACUUUUAAUUCAUCUUCCUGUAAAGAAAAAAAAAUCUGGUGGAUGUGUGCCUUUUAAACUUUAAAAGACGAUCAAAUGUGUAAUUUUCCUCUUCUUGUGAAUUUUGAUCCUCCUCGGUUUUUGUUUUGCAUUAGACAAACAGGAAAGAUAUAUUUUUACAAAAAGUAAUUUACCAUUAUGUUGUAUUUGUGUUUUGUUUCUACUUGUCACAUAUUUGUUUCUAUUUUUCUUAUUUUGUAUCUUUUAUAUUUAAUGAACCUAAACUGUCCAUGUACGUAGGUACUUGGAUCCAUUGGGGAUCCUUUCUACCUCCUCCUCUGUCUACUUUUGCUCCGCAAUGUACAUCACAAUUUAAUAGGACAA